AUCUCUGGAUUAAAGUAUAUUGCAUUUUCAAGUUCAAAAAUUAAAAAUAUUAUUGCAUAAAAAUAAUGCACUUUUUUUCUCUUUCCACAAGUUACCUCCAACAGAUUAUUAAAGGUAGGUGGAAAAUUUAUUUAGAGCAUGAUGAACCCAGCCGUUAGCAGGAAGGCGGCACAACAACGUCAGCGGCGCACCUACAGAGUGAGAAGAGAUAUUUUCGCUGAGUACGACGAUGCUGAGUUACUGAAAAGAUUCAGAUUGGACCGUGCUGGUAUUGUUGCAGUGACUGAUAUAGUGAGAGACAAGCUGCAAAGUAAAACUGAAAGAAAUAGAGCCUUGACCCCUGAGAUGGUGGCCAUCACAUUACGAUAUUUAGCCACAGGAAAAAUGCAACAGUGCAGUUGUGAUGAUUUUGGAACAACGCAGCCCACUAUCAGCCGUGCAAUAUCACAGACAAUUGAUGCACUGGCUGACCCAGAAGUAAUCUGCCAGUUCGUGGCUUUCCCUCACACCCAGCGUGAAGUGCAGCAAAAACAGGCAGAGUUCAUGCAAGUAACUCAGUUUCCCGGUGUUGUGGGAGUGAUUGAUGGCACUCAUAUAAGAAUUGUGUCUCCUCAUGUCGAUGAACAUGUAUAUGUGAACAGGAAACGCUAUCACAGCAUAAAUGUGCAAGUAGUAUUUGAUGCUCACUAUAAGAUUCUUGACAUUGUGGCAAGGUGGCCUGGCUCAGUCAACGAUGCAAGAAUACUAGAUAAGUCAGCACUCAAACUGAUGUUUGAGGAACAACAUGUACCUGCAGGAUGCUACCUUCCCGGGGACAGUGGCUAUCCCUGUAAGCAGUGGCUCCUCACUCCUUACCUUCGCCCUCAAACUGUUGCACAAGCUAAUUAUAACAGUUCCAGUACCUUACGAUGCAGCCGAGGGGACUGACGCCACCACCACCACUGCCACCACCGCCACAACAAGGGUUAUUCGAGUGGGGAACAUGCUUCAGGUGUUGCCCCAAGAUGCCUCAGCCCCGCAGCCCCACUUCCCCAUGAUAGUGCAGGCAGGGAAUGUCAUACAGGUUGUUCCAGCUGACAACACGCAGGUAUUAGGGGCAGAAGUCGUUGGAGUUGGUCGGGUCAUGCAAGUGGUCGGAGUCCCAGGCUUUCCCCCGACCCCAGCCCCAGACCCCUGCCCCAGCCACCCCUCUCCCUGUGACCCCUGCCCAGUCAUCCCUCACCCCCUCCUGCCCCCAUGCGGUGCUGCCAGCGGGGGUGAUGGGAGGUGGAGGUGGGCCACACACACCUGGGUUAGCUGUGGCUUGGCUUAUCUCCCUCCUCAGCAGCAAAUCCCGAGGAUCAACGAGGACAUGGUGGACCCAGAGAUUGCAGCAGCAGCAAGAGAGAGAGAGAGAAGCAAGAGAGGAGGGAGAGGAAGGAGAGGAGGAGGAGAGAGAGGGAGGCCAGGAGGGAGGCACGUCAGAGAGAGAGGGAGAGGAAGAGGUUGAUUCUGUUACAACAACAACUGCAACAACAACAACAGUUAGUCAGUGAGGAGGGGGAGGGGCCGUCCUCUGAUGCUGAGGAUGAGGUAUUGUUCAGGGAGGCCAUGUCGGAGGUGCCGGUGGUGGGGUCGCCAGUUCCGGAGUACGAGGUGGAGGAGGAAAAGGAAGAGGAGGACGAGGAGGAGGCACGGAUAAGGAAGAAGAAAAGAUUAUUAGCUGUAGCCCUCCCUCCAGCUGAUAAGGGGAUAAGCCAUAGUAAGCCACAGCUUACUAUGUUCAACAGAUGCCUGAAGGAAGUGUGUGUAAGGGAGGAUAAAGAGAUCAUGCUGGCCUAUGCAGACGAUGUCGCUGUCGUGACAGGAAGCCAACAAGAUCUUCAAGAGGCCAUGACAAGAUGGAAUGAUGUUUUAAAUAGGGAAGGAAUGAGAAUGAACAAACAAAAAACUUAUUUACUAGUGGACAAGCAACAAGUGAUGGUGUGGCUCUGAGCCACUGUAGUAGGGAUGUUAUGGUUUAAGUGUAGGAAGUUGCAAAUGCUCACCUAACAAUUGCACCUUAGUAGAAAAACACAAACAGGAAGUUUAUGCAAGUUUUGAUCCUUAUAUAAAAUGUUGUAUUGCAUCAAACCUCCAUACAUUACUGUCUCUAUCCAGUAUGAGACCGGUGUUCAGGAAGCACAAGCAUGUGCUGAAUAACAAGAAGCCGGCAUUGGUGAAGGUGACAACAUUUCAUCUAUUUAUACAUACUUUUUAUUAUUAAAGCUUAUCUUAUAAUUAUUUCUGAAGAGAUUGACUAAUUUUUGUAGUAUUUAUGACUUAGAACUAUGAUAAAGCUAUGAAUUGAUAUAAUUCCUGAUUUGUUUUAUCUUUUCAUUAUCCUUCCUUUGUUAAUUGAGCAUUUUAUAUUACUUAGCUUAAAAAUGCAAGAACGGUUCAGAAGUAUCCAACCUUGGGCUAAGGGCCAAAAUUAUGGUAUCAUUCAAAAUGUCCUUCAAAGAAAGCCCUCUGUAAUCCAACACACUUAGCCCAUUAAUCCUUCCAUUUCUCAUCAAUUUGUUCAACAUUCAUAUUUUUCCCUUAUAGGGUUGAACAAUUUUCAUGGGUUCAGAGCAAAAGGCUUCCUCAUUCCUCCCCAAGGUAUUCUCGGAUGGUAAGCAGGUUUGACUCUGGAGCAAACCUGACCAAGGGCUACUGCCCAAGGCUACAGAGGUUCCUCUCCCUGAGGCUGAAUGCACCAUGUGAGAUGGUUCUGUUAUGUGGAUGAAUGUCAUGGUGGAUAGCAGUGCCACCACAUUCCUACAAUCAUCCAUCACUCCACUGCUCAAAUGCUUCUGCAACCAAUGAUAGGUAUGCUGCCACAUUCUGCAUGGUCUCCUUGGCUCUCAGAUAAGGAUACUGUCAACAGGUUUGGGAUUGCCAAAAAAUCAUAAGGAGCUAUGUCUGAAAAGUCCAGAGAGAGAGAGAGAGAGAAAGAAUGAGCAAGAGAAAGAGUAGGAUGAAGCAAAGGAAGAGUCAAGAUGGAGGAAGAGAGAGUAGGACAAGAAAAAACAACAAAUAAAUCCCCUACACGUCUUGUCUCCAUUCACACAAGCCAUGAAAAGCUUGUCCAUCCCUGAGUGCUCAGAAGCAGUGUUCCACUGAUGAUGUGGAAACUUGAGACACCCAAUCAUUUAAUGGGCUUUAGUAGGUUUUGUCACCAGUCUUCUGUGUGUCACUGACUACAUUUUGAAAUUUUUAUCUGUUCUAUUUAAUUUUGUGUGUAUGUACACAAUGUUUAUGGUCAAUAAACUAUUUAUAAAACUAUUUAUCUGUGUGAGUAAGAUAAAAGCAGUUAUUGUUAUUAUUAUUAUUAUUAUUAUUAUUAUUAUUAUUAUUAUUAUUAUUAUUAUUACACAUUUUCCUCCUUGUAUUUAAAUAUUAUUAUUAUUAUUAUUAUUAUUAUUAUUAUUAUUAUCAUGAAUUGUUCUUGUUUAUAAAUAAAAUACUGUAACUGA